AUGAGGAUUCCCUUGUUCAAACGCCUUGUGAUUGCCUUUUUCAACGUCUUAUUCCCACCUCUGGCGGUUUUGCUCAUUUGCGGACCGAACGAAGACCUCCUCUUCAACUGCGUCAUGUUCAUCCUUGCCGUCAUUCCUUCUCAUGUGCACGGCUUCUACAUCUCUCUGACAUACUUCAACCGCAAACGCAGAGUACGCAGAGGCCUGUAUCCUGGGACGCCGAAACACUUGAUUUGGAGUGACAAGGUGAACAAUGGAGGCGCGAGCAGGAGGGAGAUGCAGAGGUUGAAGCAGGAAAAGGAAGGUAGCCAGUUGAACAGGAGGAUUAGCAGGCGGGCCACUGGCACGACGAACACAAACGGUCGCGAAAGAAGCUGGGUCAAUGACUGGGACGAUGGCUAU